AUGAUCCAAACCGCCAAACUCCUCACCCUCCCCCUCUCCUUCCUCCUGGCCGGCUACGGCUUCCACGCCUCCCACUCCAGCGUUCCUGUCCUCUACGACAUGCCCGCCGAGCACUCCACGCCCGCCUUCACGCGCAUCUUCCACAACGGCGCCUACUUCGUCGUGCCCAGCUCGCUCAUCUGCUCAAUCUCCACCGCCUACCUCGCCUACACGCUCCCCUCCCAACGGACACUCUGGAGCAUAGCAUGCGGGGCGCAGCUGUUGACGUUGCCCUGGACGGCGGUCGUCAUGCUACCCGGGAUCAACAAGUUGAUUGCGAUUAGUCAGAGCAAGGUGAAGCAGGAGAAGGCGACGGCGAGUUUGGAGGCGAGGCAGUUGCUUACGAGGUGGAAUGCGCAGAAUGCUGUGAGGGCGUCGUUGUUUUUGGUGGCCGGGCUUGCGGCGUUGAGGGCGAUGGCGGGGUCGAUCUAG